GCUGCCGUAUCGGUGAGGAGGAGGAGGAGGAGGAGGAGGAGGAUGAAGAGCAGCGAGCCUUCUUCUGAUCACAGCAUCGAUCCGCGAUGAUUGAUCAGCGUCCGCGGCCGCGCUGAUCCCGGAGCGGCUGCACGAGGCGACAGUGGCGUCAUCAAUCAAUCAAUCAAUCAAUCAGCGUCAUCGAUCACACCUGAUGUGAGAGCGCGCGGUGCGGAGCGCGAGCCGCAGCGGGAGACAAUCAGCUGCGGGUUCUGGACCGGACUGGUUCCGGAUCAUGUGAGCGACCGGCGGCAGAUCGGAUCCCCGCCGGAAGUGAAGCGUCAGAGGACGGAGACCGGCAGGUGGUCCAGGACCGCAGGGGGGUCCAGGUCAGAAGUUCUGAAGAGUGUGAACUGCACCGCCAGCUAACAGCUAACAGCUAACCAAUCACUAACAGUGAAGCAGUCCUGUGGAGUUCAGGCUGUUGGAUGGCCACAGGAGUGAACUACUGGAGCUCUUAUGAACCCAGUUACACGGUGAGUGAGUGUGUGUGGGGCGGCCAACAGGAGUCGAGCAGCGAAGAGGGAGGAGGCGGGGUCACAUGGGAAACACAAGCCAUGGAGGUCAGAGGUCAACUCAUCUCAGCACCUGACCCUCUCAUCUGUCCAGACAGGAAGCAGAGGGAACGAAUGGCAGAGCUGCAGGAGAGGAGGCGGAGCCUGCAGGCGCUGCUGAGCGCGCGAUUGGCUGAGCUGAGACGCAUCUGUCUGCAGGAGGCGGAGCUGACAGGUGCGGUGCCCACUGACUUCCCCCUGGAGGUGGGAGAGAAACCGCCCUGCGUCCGACGGAGAGGUGGGACGGCCCGCCAAGGAAACAGGAAGUGUCGAGUUGAGGAUGAAGACCCUCAGCGUUCAAAGAAGAAAACUCUAUUCAGUGGAGCUCUGAGGAAACACAGCGACUCUGAACACAACAACCACACUCAGACACACACACACCACGGCAAGAGGACUGUACACCGAGGCUGCCACACAGAUGACACAGUGAGGUCAGAGAGCAGCUCGACAUCAGACUCAACAGGACACGACAACGAUGACGGUGUGUCUCAGUGUCGCCCCCCGUUGGUCCCUGCUGGUUCUCCAGUGGAGGUUUUCUACCAGAACAGAACCCAGAGGAACUCCAUUCACAACAGGACUGACCAUUCAGAGACUCUUCAGACCCACAGGCCCCUCCCCCUGCCUCCCUCCCAUCCUCUCCCGCUCCACCCCGCCCCUCGCUCUCAGGACUCCUUCUCCUCCGGACCCUCAGAUCCAGGACCAUCGAUGGACGGGGGCUUCAGGACUAACGCAGCUCGUCACAGUAACAGCUCCGACGGCCUCCUGGUCCUGGACCGCAUCAAUCCCCCGGAGGAGGAGGGGGGGCCGCAGCAGGCGGGAUUGUGGGUAAACGGUCUGCCUGGGUCCAGAGGAACCGGAGUGUUCAGGAGCUCCGAGACUCUGACAGACGAACAGACGAGGACGAAUAACGAACUCACAGAGGAAGGAGGGGCGGGCCGAGGACGAGGAGGAGGAAGAGGAGGGGGGUACAGUGAGGUCCUGUUGGACUACGUUUGGGGGAAACAGCAGCAACUGCAGCGCCAGCAGUCCCAGACCAGCACCAGGCAGCACCUCUACAAUGGGUACUCCUCACAUCAGCCCCCAGUGGCCCCGCCCACCCACCACGGUCACCCCGCCGACCAGCGGCGGGUCAAAGUCACGCGUACCAAAUCCUGUGGCCCCUUCCUCCCAGUGCAACAGAACCAGCCCAAUACCCAUAAUCCUCCUGUGUCCACCAUCCAGCCAGACCCCCACCCCCAUCUACUUCCCCCCCGACCACCACAGCUACCCCCCACCCAGGACGCACAGCUGGAGGAGGCCACCAGGAGCCUCCACAAGGCCCUCGCCCUGGAAGGUCUCAGGGACUGGUACCUGAGGAACACAAUAGGCUCCACCCACCAAAACCAGGCCAAUGGAAAGGUCAACAUUAACGUGAACGGGGGGGUUAAAGGUCAAGGUGGUGGGGGUGGAGCUCUGCCAGGCAGACGGCGGACUCACGGUGGCAUCCAGCAGUCAACCUAUCAGACGGAGAAAAGUCAUCAUCACGCUCCGCCGCAUCGCAAACCAACACUGCCGCAUUCAGCCACGUUCCACGGACAACCGCUGCACGGCAGGUCUGUGGAUAGCUCUCUCUACCACGACUCCUUCCCUCCUCAGAAACAGGAAGUUCCUCACAGAGACCUGACUCUGGACCAGCCGUCUCCUGGAACUCUGGUCUGACUCACCAACCAAUCAGGACGCACCAAUACACAGACUAAUCCCGGGCUGGCUUCCUGGGGUCGCCUGAAAUCCUGCCCAUCAUGAUGUCACACAGAGGAUGAUGAUCAUAACCUCUAUCGUAAACAUUCAAGUCCGCCCUAGAAUCUGAACUUGUUUAACCUCCAAAAGAUUUCUGGGUAAAAACGAAGCUGUCAAUCAUUUAAAACUUGAAGUAACUGCAGGAUUGUUUUUUAAUGUUUUCUACGACAAAGUCUUCGUCUGUAAUUGGGCUCAGACAAUCAGGACGAAACCAGUUUUUCUACAAACUUUUGAUAAAUGUGAUGAUGAAAGUGUUGCACUCUCUCUUUGAGGACACCACCAGCUACCAUCAGACCAGCAGUUUUUACGUCUGAAAGAUUAACUUUUGAUAAAGACCUGUUUGAUUCCUCAGGUGAGCCCAGACAGGUGAGACUCUUCAGGUAUUCUUACAGUUUGGACGUUUCUGCCCUACAAGUGAACCAGCUGCUGCAGGUCGAUAUGUUGAUAAAAACAUAAAAACAUGGACAUGAGAGCAGAUCUUUCAUUGUUACCAGGAAGUGAACCAGUAACACCAGUAAGGAAGUCUCUGUGGUUGUUAGCAGCAUCAGGGGUCUCAAAUAAUCAAAAGCUUCUGUAUGUAACAGUCAUUAAAUUGUAGCUAACAGCGCCACCAGUAGCUGUUCAGUGAACUGCAGUCAGCGUGCAUAUUUAGAAUAACGUUACUAUCUGUAAUGUUCCUAUAUUUUAUUUGGACCGUUAGCUCCAUGCUACUAACUAGCUCGCCGUUUACAAAUCAGCCAUCAGCCAACACCACGACGCAACCAAUGCCACACCCACACUGCGCAGCCAAUAUACAGCCAGCCGGACAACCUUAGCUUAGCUUAGCUACAGUUAGCUAGCUGGAUGCCCCUGCCUCACAUUGCUUUUGGCUAGUAGAAAGCUAACGUUAGAUUGUACCGCUACAUCAUUUAUUGUUGUCUAACAUCAACAUUCAGAUAGUAUUUUACUCGCUAUAAGCUAAGGUUAGCCAACCACAACAUCAAACAAGAGUCUAGAUGAAGCUAGUUCACUGUAUUUUGCUACGUUAAUUAGCUAACAAUCCAUCUCUGUUAGCAAGAAAGCUAACGUUAGUGGACUUUUACAGGUGCAACAUUCACCUGUAGAGGUUUCUGUUUAUAUGUGUUAACAUCUUAUAAAGCCUCUUCUGUGAUUUUAUGUUCACUUGUUAUUUUUAAUUGGUUAAAAAACAAAACAUUGAAUAAAACUUUAUAGAUGUAACAAAACAUUAUUUUCAAUAUUAAAAGAGGCUUCUGAUGCUGCCUGAUGCUAACUGUUGAUCAGUAGCAUCUUCGCUAACGAAACAGAACGAAUUGACACGUUCAUUUGGACGUAUGAUUGAUUCUCACAGGAACAAAUCUUCCUCCUGAGGAACACGAGAGGAACUUCCUGUCAGAGUCUGUGUUCCUGACUCUGCAGUCGGUCUGGGAGCAAUAAGAGGGUCAGGGAGUCUUGAACCUCUUCAACUUUUCAGGAUGAAAAUAUUUGCAGCGACAAUCAGACGAUGAUGUCACAGUGUUUAUUGAUUAAUUGGUUAUUGAUUGACUAAAUGGAGCUUCACACUUUUAUCAAUGUUGAUGAACUUUCUAAAAAUGUUGAACUUCAAUAUCAAUAAUAUUUAUUAUCAUUCAAACUGA